UGCUACUUAAAGACAUACGCUUAGAAAGGACAAUGAGUUUAGACAGCAAUAUUCAUCUAUUGUUCUGCUAACUGUUAAGCACUUCUCUGUCUCUGGAAUCAUCCCCAGUCAUCCAGUUCCUGUGAAUAUGAAAUGACUGAAUCAAACUGAGGAGGUUAAAACUCUUCAUAUUUAAAACCUUGUAAUCUUUUGUUAGCUUAGAAGAGCAAUACUUCUGAAGUUCUCCGAGAGAUGGCUUUAGAGACAUGUGGAAGCUGCUUGAGUUGUCUGCUGAUACCUCUUGCACUUUGGAGUAUUGUUGUUAACAUCCUAUUAUACUUCCCUAAUGGGAAAGCUUCACAUGCUGCCAGUUACCAGCUUCCCAACUACGUGUGGUAUUUUGAAGGGAUCUGUUUCUCAGGUGUGAUGAUCCUUCUGUUGGCAGUAAUUCUAAUAACACUGGAGUGUAGCGUGUUCUAUCGGUGCUGCCAGAGUGAGAGCUGUAACAAAACCUACAGGAGUUUUAUUUCAAUCGUGCUAGCCCUGCUUGGAGUUGCUUUCUCUGGAUACAGUUGCAUCAUUUUUACCUUGGGCUUGAUCCAAGGCCCCUUCUGCAAUUCAACAGGUGGAUGGGAUUAUAUCUUCAAAGACACUGCUGGAGGGUACCUCACAGAUUACUCCACUUGGUCUCGGUGCACCGAACCUGCUAACAUAGUGGAGUGGAACAUCAUUUUACUCUCUGUUCUGAUAGCUCUUAGUGGACUGCAGUUGAUCAUCUGCUUUCUCAAAGUGGCUGCUGAGUUGAAACGGACACUCUGUGGGACCUAUUCUGUUUUUGUCCAGGCUGGGAUUCUCUGAAAAUGGCAAGGAAAUCUUCACUGCUUCUCCUCCACCCCCCAGAAAAAGUGAGAAAUGGCUUCUCCAACAUUUGCGAUGGUAGAUUUGGGUGCUGCAAAGACAGAUGAAACCCUUGUCUUAAAUCUUUGUCUCUCAAGCCUCUCUAUUUUGGAUGAACUUAUUUGAAGUGUUUGACAUCCGCAUUUUUCUAGUUGUUUUCUAACCUGUCCGGUUGUCCCUGGCAGUGGCUCUUCAUUUUCUUACCCUCCAGCUCAUUCUGACAAUAGGGAGGUUUGAAUACCAUGGAACUGCUUUUGUAUUGAAAUCACCUUUGUUUGAAUAAACUGCUGUAAAGCUGCUAUAGAACUGCUUUUAUACUCCCCUCUCUUUGUUUAGAAGAUAGGAAUACUUGUUCCGCAAGGGCCUGACUCAAAGCCCAGUAUGUCAGGAGGGGUUGUUCCCUUGAGAAUUAGUGCACUGGAUGAAGCCAUGAUUUCUAAAUGAAUAAAUUUUAGGUACAGACAGACCAUGAUGGUCACGAAAGGCAGCAGCCUAUCCUGCUCAUUCUACCUUGGAAGUUCUUAACUGCACAAACCAAUUACUGAAAAAGGUCUAUCAAGUCUUCCUGCGGUACGGCUUUUAGAAAGGCAUCCAGGCCUGAUUGAAAGAUUAGAUAGAGAGCUCUGAAGUCAGCCAAGCUAAUUAGUAGACGUUAAUAGCUGCACUGGGUUUCUUUGUAUUUUAUACUCAGAGGCAAACUUUUGGGUUUUUUUGAUCAAGUAUUAUGUGACUUGAGGGAAUAUAUGAGGCAACCUUGUGAGCACCCAGUGCUAGCUUAUUAAUACUCUUCUAAAUGCCCUGACCUUGCUGCAGUGGAAGGCUAACGUUCUUGACAAUAAUAGUAAGGUGAAAAAGAAUAAUCUGUUUAAAAUUAUCAGCUAAAAAGUCUUUUUAAUUCCCCAAAGAAUUAUUAUUUAAUUACGACUGGAAAUUCAGGGGUUCACAAUAAAGUGGACCUAUGGCUCAUUUCCAGCUGCAUGGGCAGCAUUGGGCUGUAUUCAGCACUCUGGUUUGGAGAGAAUGAACACCCAGAGGAAAGUGAAACAUCUACUUCAGACUUGCAGUAAUGCACAUAUCCCUAUUACAUCAGAACUAGUGGGAUUCAGCUAUGUCAACAUCUAAUAUUAAACACUGAUAGAACUGCAAACCGUACGAUAAGUGGCAGCUGUGGGUAAGAUAUUUAGAAAAAAUAGAGUGUAUCAGUCAUUUAAUUCUGUUUCAAGACAAUAUUGAGAUUUUGCCUUGAUAUUGCUUUAUCAGAUUGUUUUGAAAAGCUGAUUUCUUCCUGUGGGAUUUGAAGAAUGCAUCUAAAGUUUUAAUUGCUUAGUUUCUAUUAAGUUGCAAGAAGUAAUAAAGAAAUUAAUGACAUUUAAGAAUGGGGAUAGUCUUUUGGGAGACAGUUCAAGGUGUCAUGGAUGUUCGGAGAUGCGUGAUAAAAAGGCAUGAUUACAAAAUGGGGACUGUUUGCAACUGCACA